UCCAGUCAUUUAUUUUUGUACAUUUUUUCAAUUCACAUACAUACAGAGAUAUAGAUACAGAUAGAUAGUAAGGAAAUGCUGCAGGCUUCCUCAUCUUCAUCUUCAUUAUGUGGUAUAGUUUCACCUGUAGAUUUAUUAUGUAUAUCUUCUAAUAAUAACCACCGCACCAUAUCUUGUCCUCCCGCUGGCAUCUCAACAAUCACCACAGGGAGUAGAAAGCUCAAGGUCUCUAGGUUGAAUGCAGGAUUUUGGGAAUCCAUUAGAUCUGGGUUAAUAAAGAACAACUCUACACAAGUUAUAGAGCCACCUUCAAGUAUCCAGGAAGAGGAAGAACCUCUUCCAGAGGAAUUUGUACUCAUUGAAAAGACCCUACCAGAUGGAACAAUUGAACAAAUUAUUUUUUCUUCAGGAGCAGUAAUUGACGUGUAUGAUCUCCAAGCCUUAUGUGAUAAGGUUGGGUGGCCCAGAAGACCACUAUCCAAGCUAGCUGCUGCAUUGAGAAACAGCUACAUGGUAGCAACGUUGCAUUCAGUAAAGAAAUUGGCCGGAGAAGAAUUAACAGAACCAGAUAAUGAUAAAAAGCUCAUUGGCAUGGCUCGUGCUACAUCAGAUCAUGCUUUCAAUGCAACAAUAUGGGAUGUUCUUGUAGAUCCCAGCUACCAGGGCCAAGGUCUUGGAAAAGCUCUAAUCGAGAAGAUUAUUCGAGCUUUGCUUCAGCGAGACAUUGGCAACAUCACACUAUUUGCAGACAGUAAAGUUGUGGAGUUUUAUAGGAAUCUAGGAUUUGAACCUGACCCUGAAGGCAUCAAAGGUAUGUUCUGGUACCCAAAGUUUUAGCGCAGCCCACAACACCGCAUGCUGUAUAUGUAGGACAAAGCUCGAAAUGCAUUUUACCAUGUUAAAUACAUACUGCUCUAAUAUUAAUACAACUUUUUGUAGCAUAACAUAUAUUAACUUAUUGAAAGAUGUAUUUGGGUCUUCUAA